AUGCCCGCCAGGAGAAGCAAGAACGACGAGCCCGCGUCUGCCUCCCCACCUGCUUGGCUGAAGGAAAUCCUGCAACGAUGGGACGAUUAUUUCACGAGGUUUGAUAGGAUCUUCGAACUUGUUUUGAAAAUGCAAGAAACUCAACAAGUUCUUUGUAAUUCCUUACGGGAUUUGAAUGCUCGCGUUUCUGCAUUAGGCGAAGGGACUUUCAAUGAUGCCGCGAUCACUUGGGUGGGCAUUGACGAAAAGGAAUCAGAUCACGCGACCCAGGCUUUCGAUCGUGAAGCGAUCAAGGAGGUUAUUGAAGCUUCUGGGGACAAGGAAUUACUCCGUGAAUGGAACAACAAGAAGAUUGAUGUUCGACGAUACCCCGAAAUACGCCCGAAGAAGAGCAUGAGACCCAGGAUAAUCAAGAUAACCACCAGUAGCCCGCAAGUUAGGGAUAACUUGCUAGACCAUAUGAGGAGAGCCAGACUUUCUCUCAUUAAAAGAUUUGUUCACUCGUAUGCCCGAAAAGAUUACACGCAGGAAGAACUGGAAAUCGAUCGAAAUCUUAGAAAGAAGGCUGGGCAACUCAAUCGACAGGAAGGAAGACUUGCAUAUGUCGUGAGGGAUCUACGUAUUCAUAAACUGAAGACACCACACGAUUUCCCAACUGAUAAUCCUUUCAACGGCGGUCCUAGUCAAAGAAAUAUGGAGGACAACAAUGCUUACAGCCCUCGUCCUUCACUGUCAGAUGGCCAACGGAUCGAUAGUCGCUAG